CAAACCACGGAUGAAGUCUUCAGCACGACGGCAAAAUUCGAAAUCUGGACCGAGAUAAGCGGCGUUCCGCGCUCCAAGGCCAUCGCCGUCGUGCAGGACCAGGGCGGGCUCCUCAGCAAGGACCCCUUCGCGGUCUCGGUGACGGAGCUGCGCGCGCACCCGGGCAAGUCGACGCCCGAGGCCGUGCCGGAGCCGUACGCGUCGCGGCUGGUCGGCACGACGCGGUACUGGGAGGUCAAGGACGCCAUCCCGCCGCAGUUCGCCCGCCUGCUGCCGGGGAAACCCGUCGCCAGCAACUGGUACGUCAUGACGGACAUGGAGGACGGCGUCUACAUGCACCUCGAGGGCGCGCUGGGCUUCGUGUCCAAGCGCGGCAUCGUCGUCAGGGGCGGCGACGAGGAGGGUGGCGAGAACGUCGUGCUGGCCCACGAGUGCGUCGUCGAGUGCAACAGGGCCCUCAUGGGCAUCUUCAAGAGCCAGUUCGAGGAGCACUGGAGGUCCAUCCAGGAGCAGGUGGCACAGGCGAUGGGGGGUUGUGUGGUUAGGCAUUCUGGGCCGGUGCGAUGA